AUGUUGUGCGGACUGAAGCGAGAUGUGAAGAGCAGCCUGGAUGAUGGGCCGUACUCCAAAGGAAACAAGGACCCGACAGGGCCUGAGAAUUCCCUCGUCUCCAGAAGACAGAGCAUCCCAGAAGAGCUGCGGGGGGUGACACUAGUAGAGCUGAUUAAGAAGGAGGGAAGCACUCUGGGUCUGACCAUCUCAGGAGGAACAGACAAGGACGGCAAACCACGAGUCUCCAACCUCAGACCGGGAGGCCUUGCAGCCAGGAGUGACCAGCUGAACGUCGGCGACUAUAUAAAGUCAGUAAACGGCAUUAACCUGACCAAGCUGCGGCACGAGGAGAUCAUCAGCCUGCUGAAGAACGUGGGCGAGCGAGUGGUUCUGGAAGUGGAGUACGAGCUGCCUCCAGCCGCACCAGACAGCACUUUGGGUUUUAUAUCUAAAACCAUGGAGAUCUGUUUACACAAGGAGGGCAACAGUUUUGGCUUUGUCAUGCGUGGUGGUUCUAAUGAAGACUGGCACAAGUCUCGGCCUUUAGUAGUGACAUACGUACGACCAGGAGGCCCUGCUGACAGGGAGGGCACGCUGAAGGUUGGUGACCGGCUGCUCAGCGUGGAUGGCGUGCCCUUACACAGUGCCAGCCACAGUGAAGCUCUGACAGUGUUGGCACAAUGUGGCCAGGAGGCCAUCUUCCAAAUCGAGUACGAUGUGUCCAUAAUGGACUCGGUAACAAACGCAUCCGGUCCGUUGCUGGUGGAAAUAGCCAAGUCUCCUGGGGCGAGUCUGGGCAUCACGCUGACCACUGCCACUCACAGGAACACGCAGGUCAUCAUCAUUGAUAAGAUCAAAGCUGCCAGUGUGGUGGACAGGUCGGGAGCUUUACACGUAGGUGAUCACGUCCUGACGAUAGACGGUACGAGUACAGAACACUGCACGGUUCUGGAAGCCACUCAGCUGUUAGCCAGCACCUCAGAUGUAGCCAAACUGGAGAUACUGCCCGCUCAUCAGAUGCGCCUGACCAGUAAAGCUCAGGAUGCUGUGAAGGUCCAGAAGAGUGACCUUCCUCAUAGUUGGGACCCGUGUGUGAACUACUGUCAUUCUCAGCACUCUACGUACUGUAAGACUCCCACGUGGACGUCCACCUCAAACAACCUCUCCGGCAAUCAGGACUACUGCAAAUCUAUCGUCUGCACUAACUUCUCACCUGGUUCCACCACGUCAUGCAUGACGAGUCAGUCGUCCAGCACCCUGCCCCGUACCCCUCACCCCAUGAGCCCCCGAAACUCCAUGCUCAAGAGGAGACAGAGAAAAAAGGAGCACAAGAGCUCGUCUUCGUCUUUAGCCUCGAGCUCGGUGGGUCCUGGAGGUCAGAUCGUGCACACGGAGGUGAGCGAGGUGACUCUAAGAGGAGAUCCUCUCAGUGGGUUCGGGGUUCAGCUGCAGGGGGGAAUAUUCGCCACCGAGACGCUCUCUGCACCGCCGGUCAUUCGGUUUAUAGAACCCGACAGCUCAGCAGAAAAGUGUGGGCUGCUUCAGGUUGGGGACAGGCUCUUGUCGAUCAAUGGCAUUCCUACAGAGGACGGCACACUGGAGGAGGCCAAUCAGCUGCUCCGCGAUGCUGCUCUGACCAACAAGGUCACACUAGAGAUUGAGUUUGAUGUAGCAGAGUCGGUCGUGCCCAGUAGUGGUACAUUUCACGUGAAGUUGCCUAAGAAGAGAGGAGUCGAGCUUGGCAUCACGAUCAGUGCCAGUAAAAAGCCCGGUGAGCCUCUGAUCAUAUCCGACAUUAGGAAAGGAAGCAUGGCUCACAGAACAGGGACUCUAGAGCCCGGAGACAAGCUGCUAGCUAUCGAUAACAUUCGACUGGAGAACUGCACCAUGGAAGACGCCAUGCAGAUUCUCGCCCAGAGUGAAGACCUGGUCAAGCUCAAGAUCCGUAAGGAUGAAGACAACUCGGACGAGCAGGAGACGUCGGGUUCCAUCAGCUACACGGUGGAGUUGAAGCGCUACGGUGGGCCCCUGGGCAUCACGAUCUCAGGCACCGAGGAGCCCUUCGACCCCAUCGUCAUAUCCGGACUUACCAAGAGAGGUCUGGCUGAAAGAACGGGUGCUAUUCACGUCGGAGAUCGAAUCCUCGCCAUCAACAACGUCAGUCUGAAAGGCAAACCUCUGAGUGAAGCAAUCCACCUACUGCAAAUGGCUGGUGAGACCGUCACGCUGAAGAUCAAGAAGCAGAUCGACGUGUCGGAUGAGAAAGGCAGUAAUUUAGAUCUGGACACUGAGCUGAGCGAUAACGAAGACUCAGAGAUGACCGACUCUCAGAAGACCGGGAAGUUGUCCGAGGUCUAUUCCACCACCGUUCCCAGCGUGGACUCGGCUAUGGAAUCGUGGGACGGAUCCGCCGUGGAUGCUGGUUAUGGAAGUCAAGGUCCCUACAUCCACCAGCUAGCGGGCAUCGCCUUACAUCCACACGAGUGGCGCGGUGCCAAGCAGAGGAACAGCACGCCUCCUCCUGCACAUCGAAAGAACUUCCUGCACAGUGAUGGAGACUUCCGAGAGGACGACUGGGAUAAACCUGCUGGAUUUGCCAGCCAGACUCACGCUGACGGCAUGGUGCUGGAUCACGAGGAGAGCUUCUGGUGCCAGGCUCUGGAGGAUCUGGAGACGUGUGGGCAGUCAGAACUCCUGCGUGAGAUCGAGGCCUCCAUAAUGACGGGCAGCACUGUGAGUCUGGGAGUGGAAAGCACCAAGUCCCACAGCGAAUCGGGAAGUCAGGCUAACAUCAGCCCCGUCAGGAGGAGCUCGACCCUGCGCAGCGAGGCCAAGAGCAAGAGCACCUUACGCAUGUCUGAGAAGACCUGGGAGUCACGGAGGAUCAAGGAGGAGAUGCAGGAGAUCCUGUCGCCCACCCCGCUGGAGCUGCACAAGGUGACUGUGAUAAAGGAUCCUGAGCGAGACGACUUUGGUUUCAGCGUAUCGGAUGGUUUCUUGGAGAAAGGCGUGUACGUGAACAUGAUCAGACCCGAGGGUCCAGCCGAUCGAGCGGGACUCAGACCGUACGACAGGAUCCUUCAGGUAAACCACGUGCGGACGCGAGACUUCGACUGCUGCUUGGCCGUGCCCCUCAUCACAGAAGCCGGAGAUAAACUAGAGCUGGUCGUCAGCAGGAACCCGUUAGCUCAGCCCGGGGUCGUCGCUCAGCCGCUCGACUGCCAUGCGCUUUCGGCUGCCCUGACUCACGGCCGAGAACGCGUGAGCAGCACCAUGGACCUGUGAGCGAGGGAUAAUAUGGGAUUUACUGCGUCACAUGAUCCAGCGGGAGGCAGGAAAGAUCCAGGAUGGAUGCGAGAUGAGGUCGAUCUGAGCAAGCGUUUCUAAAAAGCUGUUGGGGAAAGUAACUUGGCUGGAUGCUC